AUGUCAUUCCGAUCCAUGAAUUCACCAUCAGAGAUCGUGUGGUGGAUCGGAGACCAGCCAGUAUUCGCAAGCAAGCAUUCUCCCACAGCAUCACCAAACAGUAGCAACUACUCAGGCAUGAAUGAAAGUGUGAUAGUAGUCCCAGCUCGAGGAACCAAGACCCCAACGACCCGAGCAAAGAUGCCGGGUAUCUCUAGCUGUUCUUCGCCAGAAAUCCUAUCGAAGAUCGAGAACGCGUCGCCAGAUACUGCCAAACGGGUAGCGGUGCAGCUCUAUGGGAGAUUGAAGAGCCAUGGGCUGCGGGAAGAGGCUCGUGAUGCGGUCCUGAGAGAAGAUAGAGGAGGAGAAGGAUUGAAAGGAGAUGAUGAGGAGAAAGAAGAAGAGAGGAAAAAGAUAGAAGAGCUGUUGGGGAUGGAAUAUCUUUUGAAAGACGGUUUUGUUAGUUAUCUUCGAGAUAUGGUGCGAAUUACACCACCUAUUCCUCAACAGGUGGUUCGUUUUUCAGGCAUAAAAUACUCAAGAAAGUUCGAAAUUUCGAGCGACGGAUACGCAACAUUUGGCAACAAGCUAUUGGGAUGUUUCUUCGCGCCACUUCGGAGUCUUUUCCGUAGAAAGAAUACAACGGAGUUGCAAAUUCUCAAAGGCGUGGAUGGAUAUGUCAUGCCGGGGUCCAUCACCCUUCUCCUCGGUCCUCCAGGCGCGAAGAGCAGCCUUCUAGAGACAAUUGCUGGGAAGGUAAGAAGCGGGAAAAGUUCGGUGAUGGAAGGUGAUGUAACGUACAACGAUAAGAGCGCGUCGGACAUACGUCUCAGUAGACUCAUUGCUUACGUCAGCGGCCAGCUUAACAAGCACAUUCCUCUGUUAUCAGUCCGAGAAACGCUUGAAUUUGCAAGGGAUUGCACGCAAGGGCUGCGCCCCGAGAACUUCACACCCCAGAUGAGGAAGUUCUUUGCCCAUGCACUGGUGGAGGGACAAGAUCCAUUCCUUGAGUAUGUACUCCAAAUCUUGGGCCUCAAGGGGGUAGAACACGAGCUUGCAGGUGAAGCCAUCUCGGACACCGAUCGCCAGAAGCUGACCACGGCCGAGUUGGCGCUUGGUACGUAUUCCAUCAUGCUUUACGACCAGCCAUUUUCGGGAUCAGACCCAGCAGCUACCUACGACUUAGUGGACACCAUCCGGACCAUCAGCAGGAUCCAACAGUCAUCGGCCGUCAUGUCCCUCACGCAGCUCUCACAGGAAGUGUUCGAUCUUUUCGAUCGGAUCAUACUCCUCGGGGAUGGACAUGUGUUGUUUCAAGGGCCCCGCCAGGAUGCUAUUCCCUACUUUGCCAACCUCGGGUAUCUAAAGCCAUCACAUGUAGAAUCCGGCGAGUUCCUCGAAGACAUCGUGGCCGGAGAAGGAUCGCAGUAUCUGGCACAAGGAGCUAACCCCUUGAGCCUUGACGAGCUCGCCGAGUGCUACAAAUCAUCAGAUCACCACUUAGAUGUUAUGAGGAUUGUCAAGGGAGAGGAUGUAACGCACACGUACUGGAUAGAGAGUGAGCCUGGCCUCGGCUUGUCACUGAAGACUCCGUCCAAAUAUGAUUCUUCAAUCAGCCCCGAACCACGGCGUGAGAUGGAACUGGUGGUUGCUAAGCUUUCUAGCAAAGUAGGGCACUCAGGAGGGAUUGAGAGUACAGGAAGAGUUCAGGUGGGUGAUCUAGUGACUGGAAUAUCCAUAAAUAAUGAAGAACUACGGUAUCUUGCAGUCGGAUCAAAGAGAACCAGACAUGAGCGUGUGUUUCAAGUGUACUCCAUGCUAAGGGGUGCCCGUGGACAUGUCCGUCUUCAAGUCGAACGCUACAAAGAAGAGGAGGACGAGUAUCAAUCUCAAUGGAACCAAUUCCAGAGGCCCUUUGUCCAAACAUGGUGGAAGUCUACCAAAACUCUCAUCCGCAGGCAACUAAAAAUCACCAAACGACUUCACAUGUUAAUCAAGCUAAGGCUGUUCCAGGCCAUCAUUUUGGGUGUAUUCGCGGGCACGUUGUUCUACAAGCUUGGAGGCCAAUACAAGCAGCAGAGCAUGAACUCAGUCCGUGCCCUUGGCUUUGUAUCCACCAUGAGCAUAAUGCUGAUAAACUUAGUCCAGCUUCCUCUCUACAUGCUCCAAAGGCCUAUUUUCUACAAGCACAGGUCACAGAGGUUCUUCAGAGCUUCCUCAUACACAGUUGCUCAUUGUGUAGUCAAUCUCCCGCAGACAUUCAUAGAAGCAUUGGCAUAUACUGUGUGCAUUUAUUUUCCAGUGGGACUGUCUUUGGAAGGAAACGGACUGCUCUUCUUCUACUAUCUGAUUUUGUUAUUUUUGGUUGCCUACUUUGGUUCCUCAGUCUUCUUCUUCCUCGGUGCGAUUUCAUCCAUUCCAGAAGUAGGAAAUGCUUUGGCAGGCCUCAUUGUCUCCAUCUUCCUGCUCUUCAGUGGCUUUGUAAUCUACCCAUCUAACAUCCCUCUCUACUGGAAAUGGCUCGUGUAUGUGAACCCGAUUCACUGGGCCAAUGUCUCCUUCUGUGACCUCCAGUUCUCCAAAGGCUACACUGACCCCUGCUCGAAAUACCUCAACCAAAUGCCAUUCUGUGACCAGUUUCCAACAAUGACAGUUGGAAAAGCCUACUUGGCCUUCAACGAACUAUCUGAUGACUCUGGAAAGCCAUGGCUUCCUUAUGUCAUUUUAUUGGGGUGGACAGCCAUCACCAUCUUGUCAGCAUUGGUGGCUCUGAAGAAGAUAGAAUUCACAGGGACAAGCUCAUCGUUGCCACAGCUGAAGAAGACACCAGUUAUAAGCAAUUACAGGGAGGAUACUGAAAAUGGGUGGUGUUCAUCCGAUGGUUAUGAUGAGUUUCCAGACAAAUCCAGCAUUUCCAAGCAUGCCAGGCCACGGACACCCAUGUCAGGUCCCAGUGUGGUGGAGGAUGUUGGAGGGGUUGGAAAUUGGAUUGAGGAGUUUCGAUUAGAUAUGGAGUGGGGCCGGCUAGGCCUGCCAGUUGUGCCAGUGACACUCUUGUUCCUGGAUAUUUCAUUCACUAGGUAUGAUGCCAGACUGAAAGAAAGAGUUCAAGUUUUCAACAGUAUCACUGGCUAUGCUAAACCUGGAACCAUGCUAGCCUUAUUAGGUGGCUCCAAAGCAAGUAAGACCACUCUCCUCAAAUGCCUCUCUGGCAGAGUCCCUCCAGAUGGCAGCCUUAAUGGCGAGGUCCAAGCCAAUGGCUACAACCUGUCUAAUGCCUUUUCUAGAGUUGUUGGCUAUGUUGAGAAGCUAGACGCCCACCAGCCUUACCUUUCUGUGCGCGAGUCCCUCCUUUUCAGUGCUGGCCUCCGGCUUGACCGAACAAUCAGCUCCAUGAGCCGCCACAUCCAUGUCGAGCUAAUCCUCGACCAACUCGGCUUGAAGCUUUAUGCUAACCAACUUGUUGGGUCCCUCCGUGAUGCCACCGGAAAAACCUUCGAGAUAGCGAAGAAGAUCACCAUUGCUGUUGAGCUUGCUGCAAACCCAAGUGUCCUCUUUCUUGAAGAACCAAUCUCUGGCCUUGAUGCUGCUGGAAUUUCAAAUAUACUCAGAAUUCUCUCACAUGUGUCAGCUUCUGGCCGCAUCAUAGUUGCGACCCUCACCCAUCCUAAUGCACGCGCACUCUCCUUCUUUCAUCAAGCUCUAAUCCUAACACAAGAUAGCCGCCAAGGGUAUUUUGGUCCAAUAGGAUUUAACUGCAACGAAUUGCUGAUCUACUUCACUUCAAUCCCAAAGGUUCCUCAAUAUUUCCAGACACAGAGCCCAAUUACCUUUGCCAUGGGGGCUCUAGGAUUAGGGAUCAAAAGGAGAGGCACUCCUUUGGCUGAUUUCGCUGAGAUAUACCAAAGUAGCUCCUUGUGUGGGACAAACAGGAAGGAGAUUAGCAGUAUAAAGAGGUUGAACAAGCAAUGGAAAUUGAGGACUGUAAAUUCCACAUACCCAACACCAUAUAUAAGGCAAGCAGGGCUGGUGCUACUAAGGACGCAGAGAUUCUUAUGGAGGAAUGUACAAUAUACAUAUGGUCGCCUUAUUGGGUGUGUGAUGAUCGGUCUCCUAAUGGGUUCUCUGUAUUUUCAAAUUGAAUACAGAGAUAUAUAUGGUGUGACUUCACGUACACUGUACAUAUACAUGCAAAUUAUACUCAUUGGCGUGAUCUCAGCAAAUAAUGUUAUUCCCCAGAUUGGCACAGACAGGUUGGUCUAUUUUCGAGAGAGAAGGGCAGGAAUGUACCUGCCAAUCUUUUACCCUGUGUCAUGGGCGGUUGGAGAGAUACCGUAUUUUCUUAUUGCAACACUUGCGGUGGUAGGGAUUGGGAAUGGAAUGGCAGGGAUUGCGACAGGUACAGCCUCAGAGUUCCUAGUGUACUGGUUGACACUCUUUGUGUUCACAGUUUGUGUGACAUAUUUCGGGAUGAUGCUGACAUUCCUAGCGCCGGUGCCAACCUUGGCAGCAUUUGCCACAUCAAUCGUGACAUCGAUAUGGGUGUCAGCUUCUGGUGUGGUCGUUGUGUUCUCUGAUAUAAAGUUCUACAAGUGGGUCUAUUGGAGUAACCCAUUUCAAUUCGCGAUGAAUGCACUGACAUCAAUCAGUUUCUUUUGCGAAACAAAGAAAUGCGGAUUGGAUUGCAGGUGCCCACGGUUGCCAGAUGGUUCAUACGUGUGGGACAGGUUGGCAAGCACGAGGGCUCUAAGCAAAGGGAGGAUCGACUUAGACAUGGCAACACUUGCAGGGAUGUGUGUGUUGUUUGCAGGCCUCGCAUUUCUUUUCUUCGUACUCUUGAAGCACAACUCACCCCCUCUGAGGUAG